AUGGUUGUCGCUGAAAGUGCAGAGGAAAGUCUCCUGGAAGCCUUGGGUGACUCUGACUCCAGCAACAAAGGGCACCAGACCCACACAAAAGGUGCAAAAGAGACUGUAGUGGACAGCACAGCAAGCAGUGAAGAGAGGAACAGUUCCUCAGAGGAAGAUGGGGUCAGUGAGAAAGAAGCCAUGGCCAAACAUUCUCCAGGGGUGGCUAAGAAGAAAGGCUGCAAGGAACUGCUUGAGGAAACCAAUGAAGAAUCUAUUGAAAUAGAGCAGGUGACAACAGAGGGAAGGAAUGAACCUCAGGAUGAAGGCACUGACUUUGCAGGACUGAAGGCAGAGGAGAAAAUGAAGAAUCAAGAUGCUAUGCCAAGACAAUCAAAAUCUAUUCUAAGAGAGAGCAAUGAAGAAGAAGAUGAUGUAAGCAUUGCAGGAAUCCAAAGUAAAAAAGUUAAGAACAGAGAAAAUGGCAAUAAUGAAGUAGGCAAGGGAAAUAUAUUAGAAAAUAAUGAAGUUCAAGUCACCAUCGAGAACCUAAGCAAAUGGGCUGUCUACAAGGAGCCACAUUUGGCCAACAGCCACCUGGCGAAGGUCUGCAAGGGUCAGUGGGAGGCAGAAGACAUCACAGACAAUACACUAGAGAUGGAAUUCACACAGAAACAGGUGUGCAUGUGUGAAGACCACUGUGUGGAAGCUGAGGAGAUUGAAGAUCUAACCAGACUUGAACACAUCUUUGCCAUAGCAGAAAUGGCCUACAGGUUAUCCCAGUCCUCAGAUCAAGAGCAGUGUGUCAUCAUCAGCGGACGCAGUGGAUCAGGUAAAACUGAAGCUGCCAAAGCAAUUGUGCAAUACCUGACCAUGCUGUACCAGGGAUCAGCCAGCCACAGGACCAGGCAGCCCUGCAAUGUCUUACCUAUCUUGGAGAGUUUUGGGAAUGCCAGAACCAUCCUCAAUGACAACUCGAGCCGGUUUGGAAAGCUUCUGAACGUUCACCUGCGAGAUGGUGUCAUGGUGGGAACAUCCAUCUCCCAGUACCUGCUGGAGAAGUCUCGUGUGGUAUUUCAGGCCCGUGGUGAGAGGAACUACCAUGUGUUCUAUGAGCUGCUGGCUGGGCUGCCUGUGGAGCAGAAAGAGGAGUUGUACCUGCAAGAGGCAGAGUCUUACUUUUACCUGAAUCAGGGCAGAGCCUGUGACAUCCUGGGGAAGGAGGACAGUCAGGACUUUCUGGUUUUGGUGCAAGCUCUGGAGGGAAUCAACCUCUCUGAGGAUCAGCUGACCUCCACCUGGGCUGUCCUGGCUGCCAUUCUGCAGUUGGGGAAUAUCUGCUUCACCUCCUACGAGAAGGAGUCCUGUGAACAGGCAGCCAUCGCCAGUGAUGCUGAGGUUCAGAUCGUGGCCAGUUUGCUGCGUGUCUCUGCAGAUUUCCUGCAAAGGGCUGUCACUCACCGUGUCACUGUGACAUCUUAUGAUCGGAUCUUCACCCCUCUGUCUGUAGAAGGAGCCAUCGACGCCAGGGAUUCCAUUGCCAAGACUCUCUAUUACCUGCUCUUUGAGUGGCUGCUGCUGCAAAUCAACGAGUGGUUGGCUCCUGGGGAAUCAGACUGUGCCCUGGGCAUUGUGGACAUCCAUGGUUUUGAGGACCUAGGUGUGAACAGCUUAGAGCAACUUUGCAUCAACUUUGCCAACGAGCACCUCCAGCAUUUUUUCAGCCAGACUGUCAUUGCCCAGGAAGAGGCCACUGACCACACUUUCCUCCAGAAGUGUCACUACCAUCAUGAAAACAGCCCUUGGUACACCAAGCCCAAGCUGCCUUUGCCAGUCUUCACAGUGAAGCACUAUGCAGGCCCUGUCACCUACCAGGUCCACAAGUUUCUUAACAAAAACCGUGACCAGCUGCGUCCAGAGGUGCUGGAUAUCUUCUCUCAGAGCCGCCUCAAGGUGGUGUCUCACAUUUUCCAGAAGGCUAAAGCUGCCUAUAGUCAGCAAAGGGAGCUGGGGGCCAGAGGCAAAGGACUCAAGCCUCAGGCCUCCACACUGGUGUCCAAAUUCCAGCAGUCUUUGCAGGACCUCACAGCCAGGCUGAGAAGGAGCCAUGCCUUCUUCGUUCGGUGCAUCACCCCUAAUCCCCAAAAGCUGUCAAAUAUCUUUGAUGUGGAGCAUGUCGCUUGUCAGCUGCAGCAUUCUGGGAUACUGGAAGCUAUCCGCAUUCGGAAGGAGGGAUACCCAGUUUUUCUGAAGGAGAAGGCCAGGCAGCUUCUGGAGAGGCGAUGGAACCAGAGGCUGGCCUGGGCCAUUGUCACUCUGCAGAGGAACUUCCGAUGCCUCCUGCGCCGCAGACGCCUCCGUGUCCUCCAGGAGAAGGUCACCGUCAUCCAGGCUCACUUCCGAGGUUACCAGGCAAGGAAGCGUUACAGGAGGCUGAAGAAGACCUUGGUGCAAUUUAACACGGUGAUUUUCAUCUCCAGAUCUUUGAUUCAAAGGAGGAAGCACUGCCAGCAGGAGUUAGAAGAAAGGAAAAGGAGGAGGAGGUUCCUGGAGAGUGGUGACUCGGAGAACAGUCCCAACCAAGGAAUGGAUGUGGAGCUGCUGGAGAUCCCUGCAGAGUUUGCUGCCCUCCUGCAGUUAGCUGAAGGUCAGAACUGGGCACAGGCCAACCAGAUAACUGAGGCAUUGCCUCCAGAAGCCAAGGUCAAAGAUGACCUUUCCCUCCCACCCACCAUCAACAGCUAUCCUUUCUCCUCCUUCAUUAAGUCACACUUCCAGAAGACAGAUUUCCCUGCCCCUGGCCAGCCUCUGCAGCACCCCUUGACCCAGCUGGAUGCUGAAUACCAGGAGAGUGCACUUGAGGUCAACAAACUGAUUUUGCGGUUCAUUGGUGACAAGAACCUCCAGGGCUGGCAGGAGGUCCUUCUGGGCAACUACAUCGCUGCAAGAGGUUUGAACAAUGUGGCUCUACGCAAUGAAAUCUUCAGUCAGGUGGUUGCCCAGGCGUGGAAAAACCCAGACCUGGAGCACAGCCAGCGAGCUUGGGUCCUGAUGGCAACCUUGCUGAGCUGCUUUGCCCCUUCACCAGCACUGGAGAAGCCACUGCUGAAGUUUGUGUCAGACCAUGGCCUGGAGGGCUACAAUGCUGUCUGCCAGCGCAAGGUCUUGACAGCAGCACAGCACACAGGCACAGACUCUGCCUUGUCUCGAGCCUACCCUCCCACCCAGCUGGAGUGGACUGCAAACCAGAGGAGAGGGAGGAUGGUGCUGGAUGUUCAUACUUUUAAUGAGGAGAUGCUCUCAGCUGAGGUGGAGUCCUGGAUGACUGGGGAGCAGUAUGCAGGCUGGAUCCUGAGUGCAAGGGGCUGUGAUAAAAAGUCUCGAGGGUGGUCUGUCUCCAUGUUUACUGGCAACACAUGGCAGGACUUGCUGGGCUGUGACUUUGUGCUGGACCUGAUUGGUGAGAUGGAGGAUGUCAGCAACCUCAGUGGUUCCUCUCAGUCCUCACCUGAGUACCCCAUCAUGCCCAAGAGGGACAGAAGCUUCCAUGACCUCGAUUCUGCUCUGAACUGUCCUCAUCUUACCAUCCCCUUCAUCAGGAUCCCUCCUGCUCCAGGCAUCCAGGCCCCUGCCUUCCCCCCACCCAGCCUGCCUCCAGAAUUCAACAGUGUCUAUGCAGAUUCAAGAUUUGGAGAUGACCUGAGAACCUCUGUAGGCUUGGAUCACUAUGUGGAUGAUCUCUUCAACACUGUGCUGCAUCAAGAUUCCAGAGUCCCAGACAUGGAGAACAGAGAGGUUCUGACUGGACGCAUGAAAGGAGGUGGGAAGAUUGGACCCCCCCAGAGAGGAAUCUUUCCUUCUACAGGCUUCUCUGGAGUGACCCAAGCACCAGUUUACCAGCCCAUGCCUUCAGUGCUGGGAAUGCCAGCAGCCAUGCCUAUGAUGCCAGCAGCUGGUGGGAUUGCACCUAUGCCAGGUACACCACAGUCCAUGGUUCCAGCUAUAGAUCCUGCUCAGUUAGCAGCACAACAGCAAGCCUUUAUCAACCAGCAAGCCAUGCUCAUGGCCCAGCAGAUGACCCUUCAAGCCAUGACCCUUUCUCAACAACAGCAGCAGCAGCAACAGCAGCGCUGGCAAAAGUCUCUUGAGAACUCAAGGUCAAGAGUCUCAAGUCCACCACAAGCCCGAGCCCUGGCUCCAACCUCAGACCCAGUCCCAGCUACUUCCCCAAACCCCAAGAAGCCUCCCAGAAGUCAGGAUGCUCCAGAACCACCACCUAAGGCAGAAGAAUUGGUUUAUGAGUACACAGAAGACCAGUCCUCCAGCAGUGAAGAUGAUGAACAUCUUCCAACAACUUUCCAGGAGAAGAGAGAAUAUUUUCAGAAGAAGGGAGAGCAAAAGAUCCGAGUGAAGAAAAUCCGACCUGCAUCUAAAGCCUGGAGCCCUCCAGCAAACCCCCAGCCAAAGCAGGAGGAGGAGGAGAAGAAAAAAGAGCAGGAGACAAAGAAAGAAGCGAAGCCUAGACCUGAACCAGAAGCAGCUCCUGCUCCUGCUUUGCCACCUCCUGAGCCAAAGCCAAAAAAACAGACACCAAGACCAAAGAAGGAGCUGCCUGUGGUGAAGCCUUCAGGCCCCGAGCUGCGACCAGAACCCAGCCGGGAGAUCCGCAACAUCAUCAAGAUGUACCAGAGCAGGCCAGCCCCUGAACCCCAGCCCAUCACCCCUGCCAGGAGAGUGUCUAAGCCAUUUAUAAAGAAGAAUGACCCCAAGAACGAGGCUCUGGCCAAGCUGGGAAUGGUGAACCUCCCAUCUCCUAAAUCACCAUCCCCCCUGCCACAGGAGAAGAAAAUGCCUCCACCUACCAAACCCAAGCCAAGCUCAACUUCUAGCUCGAUCAAGGAGAAGCAGUUGCCUCUUCUGAGUAUCUUCAGCCAGCAGAUUACUCCACCUUCUGCUUCUGCUCCUCCUCCUCCCCCACCAUUGCCUUCACCUCUCUCAGAGCUUGGGAACCAAGACUGGGAGGAUUCCCCAGGGAAGGGCUCUACUGUAACAAUAACAGAAGAUGGUGGUAUUAAGACCCAGCUGUAUAAACUUGCUACCAGUGUCAGCUUUUCCUAUGCCAACCCUGCCUGGAAAAUCUUCCUGCGCAAAGAGGUGUUUUACCCCAAAGAAAAUUUCAGUCACCCUUAUUGUCUGAACUUGCUGUGUGAACAGAUCAUCUGUGACACCUUCUCCAACUCCUGCUUUCGGAUCUCCAGGGAGGAGAAGCGCAAGAUGAAAGAUCUGCUGAUGGAGCUGCAGGUUGGCAGCAGUGCCCAGGCCAUUCAGGAGGAUGGGAUCAAGAAGAGGAUCGUGCUGGCUGCUCGGGAUAACUGGGCUAACUAUUUCUCUCGCCUUUUCCCAGUUCAUGGUGAGAAUGGCAGUGAUGUGCAGAUCCUGGGUGUUUCUCACCGGGGCAUGCGGCUGCUGAAGGUGGUGAAAGCAGCUGGGUAUAAGCCUCAGCACCUGAAGAUUCUCCACAGCUACAGCUUUGCAGAUGUGCUGUCAGUGGAACUGAAGGGCAGCAAUACCCUGGAGUUCUCUCUGAAGACAGAGCAGCUCUCCCUGCACUCUCCGAAGGCUCCACGCAUCAAGGCCAUGGUGGAACUCUUCAUCCAGGAGCUGAGGCAGGAUACCAACUACGUGGUUGCUCUGCGCAGCUACAUCUCGGAUGACAAGAGCCUUCUUAGCUUCAAGAAGGGUGACCUCAUUGAGUUACUGCCCAUGCAAGGCAUGGAGCCAGGUUGGCAGUUUGGCUCCACUGGUGGCCGCUGUGGUAUUUUCCCCACCAGCCUGGUGCAGCUGGCUGCAGCCCCUGACUACCUCAGCAUCAGCAUGGAGAGACGUGGAAGGCGGUGGAAGGGCAUGAAAGCUUCCUCAGAAAGCAGGAACACCAGCAAGGAGAGUUCUACUCCCAGUCUGACAUCAGAACCCAACAGCACCUUGUUAGUCCCUGCUGGGGAUAACUACACCAUGGUGGACUUCGCCACAGCCUACUUCCGAGAGGCUCAGUCCAUGCAGAGAUUGAAGGCAAUGUCUGCUGAAAAGAAGAGUGUGACUGAUCUGGUCCAGCACACAAAGGUCCCAAUCCAGGAGUCUUUGCUCCAGUACUCUGAUAGUGACCUCAAUGAGCUUGCCACAAAGAACUUCAAGACUCUGAUGAGGUUCAUGGGAGAUCAGCCAAAACUCAAGAACCAGAAGGAGGCUGAAUGCAUCUAUGAGAUCCUUCAGCUGUGCAAGGAGAAGGAGAGUUUGCAUGAUGAAAUCUACUGCCAGGUCAUCAAACAGGUCUCCCACAACCCUAACCAGGAGAGUGUGCUGCGUGGUUGGUUGCUCCUAAACCUGCUCACUGGGUACUUCCUCCCUUCUAACAUCCUGAUGCCCUAUGCUACCAAGUUUCUGCAGCUAGCCAGCAGUGACCCAUCUAGCACCCACCAUGCCAUAGCCAAGGUCUGUCAGAGCAACCUGCGCAAGAAUUUCAUGUACGGGGGCCGCCGGCACCUUCCCUUCCCUGUGGAGCUGGAGGCAUUGCUGAAGGGGCGCAGUGCCCGCCGGCUGACGGUGCCGAUGCCUGGAGGUGUGGAGUACAUCACCAAGAUCCAGACCUUCACUGUGGCCAAGGAGCUCUUGCAGGAGAUCUGUGAGAAGAUGGGGGCAGGUGAACAAGAAGAGAUCCAGGAAUUUGUUCUUAUUGCCACCAGGAGUAACAACAAUAAUCUUGGCAAAGUUAUGAGGCCAGUCAGACCAGAGGAGUACCUUCAUGAUUACCUGCUGGAGGACAAGUUGGUCACUGUGACUUUACGCAGGCUCAUCUGGAGGACACCUCUGCACUUUGAGAACCAAAUUUAUACUGAUAUCCAUUAUGGACAGAUCCUGAGGGAUUACCUGGAUGGGAGGAUACUGCUGGGCCAAGGCAAUGAGAUGGAGAUGGAGGUGGGAGUGCUGGCAGUGCUCCAGCACUGGGCCAAAAUGGAGCAGCAGAGCUCUGCUCUCUCCAGGGAAGCGCUGAACGAGUACACACCAAAGACCCUGCAGUCCUCCAUCAGACUCCAGGUUCUGGAGAGCUAUGUUGGCACACUGCUGAGAACCAGGCAGCCCCUCCAGCCAAUGGAAGCAAAAAUCCAGUUCAUAGAGCAGGUGAUGAAGCUGCCUUUCUUUGGCUACAACACCUACCUGGUAGAGCGAGUCAGCGAUGACACCAUCUCUGUGCCCUGCUUCUUUGGUGUGAAUAAAGAGGAGAUCAUUGCAGUGGAUAGCACCACCCAGAGGGUGUCCUGCAUCAUUCCCCUGAAGGAGCUGCAUCAGAUGCGAAUCCUGGGGCCUGUCUCUGAUGGUGGCCUUCCUGGCAUAGAACUGGACUAUGGCUCAGCUGCCAGCCCCAAGGCUAUGUGGCUUGAACUGUCACAGGCUAAAGAACUGUACCACACUAUCGUUGCCAUCCUGGAUAAGACAGUGUUGCACCCAUAG